UAAAAGGGGAGCGGCGAAGAGGCAGGAAGACAGGACCAUGUCGAAGGGCCCCGGGCCCGGCGGCUCCGCAGCUUCCUCGGCGCCCCCGGCCGCUACCGCUCAGGUGCUGCAGGCACAGCCUGAGAAACCGCAGCACUACACGUACCUGAAGGAGUUCCGCACGGAACAGUGUCCGCUUUUUGUGCAGCACAAAUGCACUCAGCACCGGCCCUACACCUGCUUCCACUGGCACUUCGUGAACCAGCGCCGCCGCCGGUCCAUCCGCCGUCGGGACGGCACGUUCAACUACAGCCCUGACGUCUACUGCACCAAGUACGACGAGGCCACAGGCCUCUGCCCGGAGGGCGACGAGUGCCCAUUCCUGCACAGGACCACAGGGGACACGGAACGCAGGUACCACCUGCGCUACUACAAAACUGGAAUCUGCAUCCACGAGACAGACUCAAAAGGCAACUGCACCAAAAACGGCCUGCACUGCGCUUUUGCCCACGGGCCCCAUGACCUCCGCUCCCCUGUCUACGACAUCAGGGAGCUGCAGGCCAUGGAGGCCCUGCAGAACGGCCAGCCCUCGGUGGAGGGCGGCGCAGAGGGACCGUCUGCGGGGGCCGCCAGCCAUGCUAUGAUAGAAAAGAUCCUCAGUGAAGAGCCGCGGUGGCAAGAGACCGCACACGUGCUGGGGAACUAUAAGACGGAGCCGUGCAAGAAGCCUCCGCGGCUGUGCCGCCAGGGCUAUGCCUGCCCCUACUACCACAACAGCAAGGACCGGCGGCGGAGCCCCCGGAAACACAAGUACAGGUCGUCACCCUGUCCAAACGUGAAGCACGGGGAUGAGUGGGGGGACCCCGGCAAGUGUGAGAACGGAGACGCCUGCCAGUACUGCCACACCCGCACGGAGCAGCAGUUCCACCCGGAGAUCUAUAAAUCCACCAAGUGCAACGACAUGCAGCAGUCGGGCAGCUGUCCUCGAGGACCCUUCUGCGCCUUCGCCCACGUAGAACAGCCGCCCCUCGGUGACGACCUGCAGCCCUCCUCAGCCGUGUCCAGCCCCACGCAGCCGGGCCCCGUCCUGUUCAUGCCGUCCGCCGCCGGAGACUCGGUGCCUGUGAGCCCCUCCAGCCCGCAUGCGCCCGACCUCAGCGCCCUCCUCUGUAGAAACAGCAGCCUAGGCAGCCCCUCCAACCUCUGUGGCUCCCCGCCGGGCUCCCUGAGGAAGCCCCCGAACCUGGAGGGCAUUGUCUUCCCCGGGGAGCCCGGCCUCGCUCCCAGCAGCUAUAAGAAGGCCCCUGGCUUCGAGAGGGAAGACCAGGUGGGAGUCGAGUUCCUGAAAAAUUUCAAAUGCCAGGCCAAGUUAAAACCCCACUCACUGGAACCCAGGAGUCAGGAGCAGCCUCUGCUUCAGCCCAAACAGGACAUGCUGGGCAUGCACCCCACGGGCAGCCCCCUGACCUCAAGCAUCUCUUCUAGUAUCACCUCCAGCCUGGCAGCUACCCCCCCGAGCCCUGCGGGCACCAGCAGCGUCCCUGGCAUGAAUGCAAAUGCCCUGCCCUUCUACCCCACCAGCGACACGGUAGAGUCGGUCAUAGAGUCUGCCCUGGACGACCUGGACCUGAACGAGUUUGGGGUCGCCGCCCUGGAGAAGACUUUUGAUAACAGCACCGUUCCCCACCCGGGCAGCAUCACAAUCGGCGGCAGUUUGCUGCAGAGCUCUGCCCCCGUGAACAUCCCUGGCUCCUUGGGCAGCUCGGCCUCCUUCCACUCGGCGUCCCCGUCGCCUCCUGUUAGCCUCUCCUCACAUUUCCUGCAGCAGCCCCAGGGCCACCUGAGCCAGGCAGAGAACACGUUUUUGGGGACCUCAGCAUCACAUGGAUCUUUGGGUCUGAAUGGGAUGAACAGCAGCAUCUGGGAGCACUUUGCCUCUGGAAGCUUCUCCCCAGGCACGUCCCCUGCCUUCCUGUCAGGGCCGGGGGCUGCGGAGCUGGCCCGGCUUCAGCAAGAGCUAGAUGAAGCCAACAGCACCAUCAAGCAGUGGGAGGAGUCCUGGAAGCAGGCCAAGCAGGCUUGCGAUGCCUGGAAGAAGGAGGCAGAGGAGGCCGGCGAGCGGGCCAGCACAGCGGGCGCCGAGUGCGAGCUGGCCCGCGAGCAGCGGGACGCACUGGAGGUGCAGGUGAAGAAGCUGCAGGAGGAGCUGGAGCGGCUGCACUCAGGACCCGACCCGCAGGCCCUGCCCGCCUUCUCCGACCUGGAGGCCCUGUCGCUGUCCACCCUCUACUCCCUCCAAAAGCAGCUGCGGGCCCGCCUGGAGCAGGUGGACAAGGCCGUGUUCCACAUGCAGUCGGUGAAAUGCCUUAAGUGUCAGGAGCAGAACCGAGCGGUGCUGCCGUGCCAACACGCCGUGCUGUGCGAGCUCUGCGCCGAGGUCAGCGAGUGCCCCGCCUGCCAGCCGGGCCGGGCCCCUGCACUGCAGUCGUGACCCCGCGGGCCCGGCCCGGCCCGGCCCAGCGCUCCCCACCUAGGACUUUUUAAAGUAUAUAUAUGUAUGUAUGUAUGUAUGUAUGUAUGUAUGUAUGUAUAUGUAUAUGACUAUGUAUAUGUAUACAUUCUGUGUGUGUGCAGGUGUGCGUGGGCGGCCAGUGUGAACAGUGUCUGUGUGUAUAUCUGUACAUAGAUAUAGACACACACUUUAAAACAGACUUACCAAGCACUUUUUAAAAGAAGCGACUAUUUUGCAGUCCUCCCUCAGCCCACUCCCUCCCUUUCCCACCCUCCCCUCUUCUCCCACCAGCCUUUUGGCAGGGAAUCUCUUUCUGUCUCUUUUUUAUGUAGGAACUAACUAUUUUUAACUUUUUCUCGGGGCCUGCCUGAGCAGGGAAGGAUAGGAAGCCGGCCGGUGCCAAGGGGAGGGGACAAGCCUUCGGGGCAGGUCCUGUUCACCCACCACCCCAGGCUGGGUGAGAGCCAGGGGUCAGAGGCCCCAGGCAGACCUGGUUCCUGGCGGUGAGGCCUGAGGAGCUGUGCCGGGGCCCCAGGCCAGCCUAGCCCCUAGGUUUACCAGAUGUGUAUUUAUUUUGGGGCUGGCAGGCCCAAGCAGCCCCCCUCCCGAGCUCCCACCCCUGGGCCCUUGAAGACCCUUGAGGGUCAAGGCCCGGGAGUCCUACCCCUCAGGUUCCUGAGGCAGGGGCCCUGCCUCAGUCCUCUCCCUGGUCUUGGGAGCAGCCUCCCUGGCCACAGGGCCACCUGCCAGGCUGGCACUGCCCUCUCCGUGACCCCCAGCUGCCCUCAGCUGUCCUUUCUCUUCUGGCACAGACCCCCACCCUCGCUCCCUGCUCCCCCCCUCUGGCAGCUAGCAGGGCAAUUGGUAGGGAGGAGCUGUGGACUGUGAGGACCAGGGGGGCUCAGGCCCUGCCCUCCUCCCAGGAGGGGCUCCGUAUGCAUUCCUUGGUGCUCUCUGAGUGCAGCUGACGUCCUGCCCGUUCGGAGCGGACGCCCGUGUGCAUGUGUGUGCGUGCCUGUCCGAUGUAUAGUGUGUCUUAGCUUCCAUUUUAAAAAUUGUUCUGUACAGAGAGAUG